CCCGGCGCGCCUUCGCGGGGAGGGUAGGCUGGGUGUUGCGGCCCGGCGGUCAGGGCGACCGAGGGGGAUCCUCCGUGCGGGCAGUGGGAACGUGCCUCGGAUCACCCUCCGUGUCACCGCUGCACGGGCCGGCGCUGACGAUGGACCGAGAGCCGGGCCGCGCGGCGGCUGGAGAGACCGAGGCGGCGGCCGCCGCGGCGUUCGGGGACGCGACUCGGCAGAUGAGCAGUGAAAGGGGCUUUGAGAAUGUGGAGCUGGGAGUCAUAGGGAAGAAGAAGAGAGUCCCGCGGAGAGUCAUCCACUUCGUUAGCGGGGAGACCAUGGAGGAGUACAGCACCGACGAGGAUGAAGUCGACGGCCUGGAGAAGAAGGAUGUGCUGCCCACUGUUGACCCGACAAAGCUUCCCUGGGGCCCCUACUUAUGGUUCCACAUGCUUCGGGCCGCCACCUCCACCCUCUCAGUGUGUGACUUUCUUGGAGAGAAGAUUGCAUCGGUUCUGGGCAUCAGCACCCCAAAAUACCAGUAUGCCAUUGAUGAGUAUUACCGGAUGAAGAAGGAGGAGGAGGAGGAGGAGGAGGAAAAUAGGAUGUCUGAAGAAGCAGAAAGACAAUUCCAGCAAAACAAGCGGCAGGCUGACUCCAUCGUACAGACCGAUCAGCCAGAAACAGCGGUGUCCACCUCAUUUGUGAACGUCAACUUUGAGAUGGAGGAAGACUGUGAAGUAAUUACGGAACGGAAGCAGCAGCCAGCCUCUGGCCCACCGUAGGACGAAAUGACAUGUAUUAAGUGUUACACCCUAAACGUCAAUCAGGAGCUUUUUACAUUUUGUUUAGUGGGACUGAAAACAACUAUUUAUAUUUUAAAUUAUUAAGGGAAAAAUCUUCAUUUUUAUGCUCUAUCUGUCACAGUCAGAUCUGAAGUUGGGAUGUUUUUAUUAUGGUAAAUUAGUGACUGCCCCACCCCUGCCUGCCCUGUGCUGGGGAGCAAACCCAGGGCUUCUUUCACACACACUAACCCAGUGCUCUGUCACUAAGCCCAGCACUUUGAUUUUAAAAUGAUCUUCUAUAAAACAAAAGGACAUUUAGUUAGGUGUGAUAACACACACCUUUAAUCCUAGCACUAGGGAGGCCUGUGGUUCUGUGUGAGUUCACAGCCUACCUGGUCAACAUAGUGAGCUUUAGCCUCGCCAGUGAGAUUCUGUCUCAAAAAACAAAAUAAAACAAAAACAGAAACUGAAAGCAUUGUACAUUAAAAAAGGACUUAAGUUGUUCAUUAAGGUUUUUGGUGUGGGGGCAUUUUUUUUUAAAAAAAGUAUUGAUAACUCAUCUUUGGAGCUAAUAAUAAUCCUAACAGCCCGGGAGUAAAGUUCCCUGUGUUUCACGCUUUGCCUUCCGUGCGUGUAACACACCUAACACCGCUUUCACACAGCGGUAGUCCCGCGUGUGAUAAGAGCAGACAGAAGCACUGUCGAUCGCUUUUUUUUUUUUUUUUGAGACAGGGUCCUCUGUGUCCCAGCUCUGUAGACCACGCUGGCCUCUAACUCACAGAGAUCCCCCUGCCUCUACUCAGCCACCACCCGGCUUUGUUGAGAGUAUUUAUGGAAAAGUGCUAAAUGUACUAAAGAUUAAGAUGGUUCUCAUUUUCACGGCUCGUCGCUCUCGAAUUUUCGGUAGUUAGUAGCUUGCUCUGAUCACAGAUUAACACUGGUCACUGAAUUUGGAGUUGUAGUCCGGCGUUGGUCCCCAGCGACUGCCCCAUGGCUGGCACCUUGGGUAUGUCAGACUUACUCAGCCCUUUCUGCACCACAGACAGGGUAGCGGGGAGAUGAGGAAUUGGUACCAGGUUGGUCUUGUUCACCAUUUUGAAGUCACAGCAGUGAGCUGGACCGUUGAUGUGAACCAGGUUCGGCCCUCUCUCUCCUUACUAGGUUACCCUUACAAAGUUGUGUAAUAUGAGUGUAAGUUAAGAAGUGUUCCUACAGAUGUGUUCAGAACCUUUUAUCUGUUUAACUUUGAUUUAUAACCAAAUGUGGAUAAAGAGAAAGUGGACAGUGUUCUAGAUGCUGAUCACAGCUUUUAGAAAUUACCUCUUAAACUAGCCUUCUAAGUAGCAGGGUGCCUUCUGUCUUCAAUGUGCUGCGCAGUGCAAAUAUGGACGGGUGAGCACACUGUCGAGACCUGCCAGUGGGCUCUCAGUAGGCUCAUCUGAAAGCCGGUUUUCUAACUGGAUAUUCAAAGUUUGAGUCAAAGUUUCAGUUGGACCGAAAUUUGUAAGGCUCAGCAAGUAUGGAGUCCUCCUUGGAGUUGUGACUGGUGAGCUCCCUUCAAGGGUGCAAACGACGUGACUUAGUCCUUAGAGGUUUAUCCUUAGCUUGUGUAACUAAGGCCACUAUCAGUUACACUUUACUAAAACCCAGUCUUAAGUUGCUCAAACAUACUGGCCUGACGUCUUCCUCUUGGUGCGGUGUCACCUCAGACACCUAGUCCUGAGGUGAAGGCGGGCAAUGGAAGGCGACCCACGAGAGCAUCUCUCCUGAAGCGCUAGUUCUCAGUUUACACCACAGCUAGUGAUUACAGUAGGCAGCCGACCUGCCAAGGCUCCGGGUUCCUCAGUUUACUUUUGCUGCUUGUUGGGCAGCAGCUGGUUUGUGAUGUUUGGAGUUAUUCACUGUGCCUUACGUUUUUAUACUUUGGUUUAUGCAAAUUAUAAAAUUUAUUACAAAUGGGUUAAAUGGUUGGUUUUAUUUUAAGCCUCUCACCUUUUCCUACUUUCCAGUCCUUUGUAGAAUUGUUUUCGCCUCUGGAUCAUAUCCAUGACAUUCUACCUUCCUCUGAGUUCUCUUUCUAUAAAAACUGAACACAAGCCAGGUGUGGUGGCUGUCUGCACUCCCAGCACUGGGAGGCUGAGGUAGGAUCAUGAGCUGGAGGCUGGCCUAGACUACAGACUGAGAUCCUUCUAGUUCAGCAACAAAUAACAACCAAAACCCCAUAAAACAUGAGUUAGUAUGAUGAAUUAGUAAAUUCCCUAACAAAAACCUUUUAACAAAAGGUACAGUUUUGUAAAUGUAACUUGAUAAUGGUUAAUAAAAUAGACAAACUUUCACACUUGUGAUUUUAAUGAAAGCAAGACAUUUGCUUGAAUACUUUUUUUUUUUUGAAACACCAUCUUUU